AUGAAGACCCAAAAGGCUCGAGGUAUUACACUACCAUCACCUCCCUGCCGACGGAAGUCUCGCUUCACCUUAGGCAGAAAGAAGGACGGGGGAAUCCAAGGGAAACUUCGCAUCCGCUCAUUUCCUGGAGCUUUCCUGGUGCUGGGGGUCAUUGUGGUGGUUGUCGGCACCGCUCUGGCUGUGGCAGGAUACUGGCCCUACAGGAUACCGAGAGCAUCCAUCCUGGGGCCUGCAGAUAGGGAAAGUUUCACUGAGUCGCAGACUUCUGGGUGGAGUCUGGGAGCUAAGGGCCUCCUAUCUACAGCCAGCCUCAUCCACAGUGAGCGGAUGAAGCUGCUGGGGCCUGUUAUCAUGGGGGUGGGACUCUUCAUCCUCAUAUGUGCCAACACAGUCCUGUACGAGAACAGGGACAGAGAGACUCAGAUGCUGCUGGCUCAGAUGCGCAGUGUAAUCUGCUCUGUGUCUGCGGCGGUUCCCUCGGCAGACCUUAACGAAAUAGCAGCAGCCAACUCCAUGGCCAAACACUACCAGUGGGUGAACAGUUUACCAGCUGCCCAUCUCAACAUUCUCUGUAUGCAGCAGCUAGCCAGCUCGGAGCCGCUGCUCCAAACCAGCCACCCCAGAGACCAGGAGCACAGUGUGGAGAGCAUCUACGAGCAAGCUGUUCUCCAGACAGAAGCCCUCCACCACCAGGAGUCAGAGCCUCCGCCGUCCUCCCACUCUUUCUUUUCCAACUCAUGUAAUUCUAGUCAGACAGACUUUAACACACAGUCUGGUGCCAAGCACGGGGGCAAGCUCAACAACUGCCUGGUGUCUGCCAGCUCUAUGUCCACACUGGACGAGGUAGAUAUGCCAAAUAUCCAGCCGAGGCGCUGCCACAGUAUGAGCUACAGGACUAACCCUUAUUCAGCUGGAACUGGUGUGCAGGAUGGAACCCGCGCACCGGGGGAGGAGGGAGAAAUGAAUCAGCUGGUGGUCACAAGAGAGACUGGUUCACAGUUUUGCGUGAACAUCCCUUGGCAGGUUGUGGAGGCUGCAGAAAAGCAAACCCGCCGAAGCUGGCCUCGGCUAGACCUGGGCAGCAGCAGACGAUAUCUGAAACUAGAGAACAAAGAGGACUCCGUGGACAAACUGCUGGACCAGAUAGAGCAGCAGUGUUAUCAGUGGGAUAAUAAUUUUGGCUCUGGGCCUUUCCAGUGA